AUGCCUGAGCCCAAAGUACGAGAAAUUGCUAGACAUACAUUUGGAGAAUCCUUGGAGAAUCUCAGAUACAAUCCCGAUAGGAUCAACGUCAAAUCUGAGGGUGAGAUCAUCACAAGGGACGCUAUGAGAAUAGUCCAUGAUGUCGAAACACUCUAUUCUGACUGGAUCGAAAAUUACAAAUUGGAAAAUGGAUUAGAUGAUAAGGAUGUUAUUGCGCACAUCAAUAAACAUAGAUCGAGAGAUAAGUCUCAUACUGAAGAGGAAGCUACUAAAGCUGCUAAUUUGAGAAAAAUACAAGGUCAAUUUGUUCAUUCCAUCAAGGAUUAUCGAUCUACCGCUCAAAUGGUGGUUGAUGCGAUCAUUUCUAAAAUUAAUGAUAGGGAGACUGGACUCGAUCACUAUAAGGAUAAAACUCAAGAUGAUGUCUCGAAAGAUCUAAUUGAGCCUCGAAGAGGUGUCUUGUCGGAAGAUGUGAGAACUUGGGAACAUUUCGUGGGACUGGGUGGUGAAGAGAGGCAAAAGGCCAAUAUAGCUUUGACCGCUCUCACGGAGAAAGGGACUACCAACAGUCUCGAUUCCGUGGUGAUAUCGGGGGAAAGUAUCGCGGAUACCAUUUCUCAAGCAGAGAUUGUAAAUCCUAUGGCAAAUAGUUCAGAAGAUGGUAGUCAAGAUGGUUCAACGGCAGGGGAAUUAUCUUGGGCGGAUAUAGAUGAGGAUGAAGAUAAGGUAUGGGAAACUCAAUUCGGAGCUCAGAUACAAGCUGGACAGAUCUCCUCAAUCUGA